GCGCACAAUCGGGCUGCUGCAAUUCCCGACUUGACGACCGAACGACGACGCCAGUGACUACACGAUUAACCGACAACCACAACCCUCCCGAAAAGCUCCCCCAGUUCGGUAGAAUCCACACAACGACAAGAUGACGAAGCGCACAAAGAAGGUCGGAGUGACCGGUAAAUACGGUGUCAGGUACGGUGCCUCGCUCCGUAAGCAGGUCAAGAAGAUGGAGAUCUCGCAGCACGCCCGCUACACCUGCACUUUCUGCGGAAAGAACUCUGUCAAGCGCAAGGCCGUUGGAAUCUGGGAGUGCAAGUCCUGCAAGAAGACCGUUGCUGGAGGAGCCUGGACCGUCUCGACUGCUGCCGCCGCCGCCUCGCGAUCCACCAUCCGUCGUCUCCGCGAGCUCGCCGAGGUGUAAAUUUCUUCGUUUUCACUGGAGCUGCUUUUUCUUCGUGGUUGGCGCGUUGGGGAACUACAACUUUUUCGGUAGAAUCAAUGAAUAAAACUCUCCGAGAUCGUUGAAACAACAAUGGGGUCCUUUUCGGAGUUUUUUUUUCUUUUCUUUUCUCCUGGCAAUGGAUUGUUUGCUUUACAUACUGUCGGCUCUGCUCUGCUCGGAUGUUGUUUUACUGCAAAAUAAAACGGGAUUCGAAGCAGAUUGCUACAGAGAGUAUCAGGCGGAAAUCACCCAGAUCGGACGAGCUCUUCCUUUAUCGCAGAUCUCGAGGCCGGUUCAGUGAUGACAAGGCAACUGUCGAGCUUUGCUCUUGCUCUUCACUGCUCUGCCGAGACCAAG